CGCUUUCCAUUGGCGGCGCGUGCUCUGCUACUCUGUCGGAGUUGGCGCGAACGUGCACGCUGGCGCGAGACAAAGAGCAUCUCGCACCCCCGUGGAAACUACACCGGCGGUAAAUUGUUUAUCGGUUCAGUCUACGCGUGGUAGCUGUUCUUCGUGCGGUUAUGGCUGAUAAAGAAGCUGCAUUUGAUGACGCGGUGGAGGAGAGGGUGAUAAAUGAAGAAUAUAAAAUAUGGAAGAAAAACACUCCGUUUCUGUACGAUCUGGUGAUGACCCAUGCCCUGGAGUGGCCCAGUCUAACUGCCCAGUGGUUGCCAGAUGUCACCAGACCCGAAGGCAAGGAGUUUAGCGUGCACCGUCUUGUUCUUGGCACACAUACCUCCGAUGAACAGAACCACCUGGUUAUUGCCAGCGUUCAGCUGCCCAACGAUGAUGCCCAGUUUGAUGCCUCGCAUUAUGACAGUGAAAAAGGUGAAUUUGGUGGUUUUGGCUCAGUGAGUGGCAAGAUAGAGAUCGAGAUUAAGAUUAAUCAUGAGGGAGAGGUGAACAGGGCUCGCUACAUGCCACAGAAUCCCUGCAUCAUUGCCACCAAGACCCCCACUAGUGAUGUGCUGGUCUUUGACUACACCAAGCACCCCUCCAAACCUGACCCCUCUGGAGAAUGCACUCCUGACCUGCGUCUGAGGGGGCAUCAAAAAGAAGGUUAUGGUCUGUCCUGGAACCCCAACCUGAGUGGCUGUCUGCUGAGUGCAUCUGAUGAUCAUACAAUCUGUCUAUGGGACAUCAGCACGGUACCAAAAGAGGGAAAGAUAGUGGACGCUAAGACGAUUUUCACUGGUCACACUGCUGUAGUAGAGGACGUUUCUUGGCAUCUGCUUCACGAGUCACUGUUUGGCUCAGUGGCUGAUGAUCAGAAGCUCAUGAUCUGGGACACACGGUCCAAUAACACAUCCAAACCCAGUCACGCAGUGGAUGCACACACUGCAGAGGUCAACUGCUUGUCCUUCAACCCUUACAGCGAGUUCAUCCUGGCCACUGGUUCUGCUGACAAAACUGUUGCAUUGUGGGACCUGCGAAACCUCAAGCUGAAACUUCACUCUUUUGAGUCGCACAAAGAUGAAAUCUUCCAGGUUCAGUGGUCACCCCAUAAUGAGACCAUCCUGGCCUCUAGCGGAACAGACAGACGGCUCAAUGUCUGGGACCUCAGUAAAAUUGGUGAGGAACAGUCACCAGAAGACGCAGAGGAUGGUCCUCCGGAGCUAUUGUUUAUCCAUGGGGGCCAUACAGCUAAGAUUUCAGACUUCUCUUGGAAUCCAAAUGAACCAUGGGUGAUUUGCUCGGUGUCGGAAGACAAUAUCAUGCAAGUCUGGCAAAUGGCUGAGAACAUUUACAAUGAUGAAGAUCCAGAGGGGGCAGCAGACACUGAAGUCCAGGGAUAAAAACAAAACCACACACUUCAUACGAGCACUCAGCAUAAAA